UUAGGUGACAGAUCAGACAAUACAAUUGUUUUGUGAAUUGUUGGUAGCAGUUCCAGAGGUGUUGACUAAACCAAAGUUUACACUAUAUAUAUGCAAGCGAAUACAGUUUCCAGUUGGACGCAUUGUUCGGGCGUGUAGUUAGUAAAAGAAGGAUUAUCUGCCAUGCUGUCUGACGCAGAUUAUGGGAGCAAUGCGUCUGGUGGUCGGCAACGUGGGAAGAGGCGAGGGGCAACAGCAGAAUCCACGUCAGGAGACAGCCAGCCCCUGCGUGCCACGGGCAGGCAGACCAAUAUCAGGGUGCGGAGAUCGAACAACAACAACAACAGCAGCAACAACAAUCCCACGGGGCAGGCCAAGAGGAAGGCUACAGACACAGACGAAGAAGAUGACCAGUCGGAGAAGAAGUACAGGAAAUGUGAGAAGGCUGGCUGCCCGGCAACUUAUCCAGUCUGCUUUGCCAGUGCAUCAGAAAGAUGUGCAAAGAAUGGCUACACGUCAAGAUGGUACCACCUUUCCUGUGGCGAGCAUUUCUGCAAUGAAUGUUUUGACCAUUACUAUAGAAGUCAUAAAGACGGCUAUGAGAAGUACACAUCCUGGAAGAGGCUGUGGACGGGCAACGGCAAGACUGAGCCCAGCCUCAAAGCUUUCAUGGCCGACCAGCAACUUCCCUAUUGGGUCCAGUGCACCAAGGCAGACUGUGGGAAGUGGAGGCAGUUGACUAAGGAGAUCCAGCUCACCCCAUCACUGGUCUCCACCUACCGCUGUGGACUCAAGGUCAACAAUGUCAAGACAGAAGGACCUGACCAAUGCUCCCUUCCAGAGGACUCGAGGGUGGCGGGCGUGAGUGGCAGUUGGUGGAACUCCAUGUUGAUAGUGCCACCACUGCUGAAGGACAGCCUGGCCAACCCGUUCCUGGUGGCAUACUACCCCGACUGCGUGGGCAUGAGUCCCUCCGCGUCGUCUAGCAACAUUGCACACAGCGACCGGAGGACUGACGCACACAGACGGGUCGUCCAGCCUCAGAUUCCAGGCCUGUGUCCGUAUUUCCAGCCGUUCUACCAGCCUAACGAGUGUGGCAAGGCUCUGUGCGUGAGGCCAGACAUGAUGGAACUGGACGAGCUGUACGAGUUUCCAGAAUUUUCCCGUGACCCCACCAUGUACCUGGCCCUGAGGAACCUCAUCCUGGCCACGUGGCAUCGAGAGUGCAAGGAGGUCCUGACGCCACAGAAGUGUGUCCCCUACGUGAUCGUGCGAGGGCUGGUGCGCGUGCGCUGCGUGCAGGAGCUGGACCGGGUUCUCCACUUCAUGACCCGCAAGGGCCUCAUCAACACCGGAGCCCUGCUAGUAAAACAGCCCACCCUGCCCGAACAGUACCACCACAAGAAGACCGUGCUGGUGAUUGGUGCAGGAGCAUCAGGACUGGCCGCCGCUCGACAGCUGCAGAACUUUGGCAUGCAGGUGGUGGUGCUGGAGGCCAGGGAUCGCAUCGGAGGGCGCGUGUGGGACGACAAGACACUAGGGGUCACUGUUGGACGCGGAGCUCAGAUAGUCAACGGCUGCGUCAACAACCCCAUUGCCCUCAUGUGCGAACAGCUGGGCAUUAAGAUGCAUAAGUUGGGGGAACGCUGCGAGCUGCUGCAAGAGGGGGGCGGGGCCACGGACCCGGACAUCGACAAGCGCAUGGACUUCCACUUCAACAACAUCCUGGACGUGGUGUCAGAGUGGAGGAAGGACAAGUCCCAACACCAAGACGCCCCUCUCGGAGAGAAGAUCCAGGAGGAGUAUAAGGGCUUCCUGCAGGAGUCUGGUUUCCACUUCAGCCAGCUGGAGGAGAAGGUGCUGCAGUUCCACCUCAGCAACCUGGAGUACGCCUGUGGCAGCACCCUGGACCAGGUGUCUGCGCGCUCGUGGGACCAUAACGAGUUCUUCGCCCAGUUCUCAGGGGACCACACGCUGCUGUCUGACGGCUACUCUUCUGUCCUCCACAAGCUGGCCGAGGGCCUGGACAUCCACCUCAACUCACCGGUCCAGAUGGUCGACUACUCAGGAGACAGUGUAAAAGUCACCACUACUGCUGGGUCUCAGUGGACCGCUCACAAGGUGCUGGUGACUGCUCCCCUGGCUCUCCUCCAGAGGGGGGUGAUCCAGUUCUGCCCUGCGCUGCCAGAGAGGAAGCUGAAGGCCAUCCACAGCCUGGGGGCCGGCGUCAUAGAGAAGAUUGGUCUGCAGUUCCCAUACAGGUUUUGGGAUCGGAAGGUACAAGGCGCUGACUACUUUGGCCAUGUGCCUCCAUCGCCUGAGAGCAGGGGGAUGUUUAGCGUCUUCUACGACAUGGACCCAAAGGGUAAACAGAGUGUGCUGAUGUCCGUGAUUACUGGAGAGGCUCUGGCCACCGUGCGAGACCUGGAGGACAAAGAGGUGGCCGACAUGUGCCUGAGAGUCCUCCGACAGCUGUUCCCAGAUCAGGAGGUCCCAGACUACCAGAAGUUCUUUGUUACACACUGGAGUAAGGACGCUUGGGCUCAGAUGUCAUACAGCUUUGUGAAGACGGGGGGCAGUGGCGAGGCCUACGAUGUCAUAGCGGAGGAUAUCCAGGGCAAGGUGUUCUUUGCCGGAGAGGCCACCAACAGGCACUUCCCCCAGACGGUGACGGGGGCCUACCUCAGCGGCGUCCGAGAGGCCAGCAAGAUCACAGCACUCUGACCAUCAGGGAUUUUUGCUCACUAGUGACACACGCUAAACAACCUCAAUCGUAAAGAGAUACAUGAUUUUUCGAAGUAACCUCAUUUAAAACCUCCCCUUGAGUUAAUUGAUUGAGUUUCACCUUUCAUCAGUUCUUCGAGCCAUUCUUUUAGUCUGGUGAUUUUAAUCCUAGUCCCAAAAUAGAAGUUAUCAUUGAAGAUU